AUGGCGGAUGGUUUUUCUGCUGAUGGUGGUAUUGAAGUUGCAUAUUCGGGCUGUUGGGAAUCAACAAACUCGUUAGCUGACAAUGGAAACAAUAACUUUCUCUCCACAUCUGCUAAGGCCAAUUAUCCGCCUUAUGGGAUCGACUUCCCUUCCGGGCCUACAGGAAGAUUCUGUAAUGGCCGAACCACUACUGAUAUAAUAG